AUGGAUCGAUCGAAAGAGGUUAUCAUUAUUGGGGGAGGCAUUUCUGGUCUUGGAAUGGCAGUCCAGUUGAAACGUCUUCUUGGGCACAAUAACUUCACCCUCUAUGAAAAGUCGGACAAUGUCGGCGGAACGUGGUGGCACAAUCGUUAUCCUGCUUGUGCAUGUGAUAUCCCGAGUCAUUUCUACUCUUACAGUUUUGCAUUGAAGCAUGAUUGGACUACCAUGUAUCCUGGUAGAGAUGAGCUCCAUGCUUAUUUCUUUUCGGUCGCCGAAAGAUUCAACAUCCUACCGCACUGUCGCUUCAAUGCCAUGUGUAUUGACAUGACGUGGGACAAUUACCGCUCUCUGUGGGUUGUAACUUUCCAGGACACCAACUCCGGCGAGACCUUCAAGCGCGAGGCUCCUGUUGUCGUUAGUGCGAUUGGAACCCUUGAUCGUCCAGCCAUUCCCUCUAUCGAGGGAGCCAAUACUUUCCAAGGGGAGACGUUCCACAGCGCCGAGUGGGUUGACAACUUCAAGCCUAAUGGGAAGAGAAUAACGGUCGUAGGCAAUGGUGCGUCAGCUACACAGUUUGUCCCCGAGCUUGUAAAGUCAGUUGGGCCCAGGGGUAAAGUUACCCAGCAUGUCCGGAGUUCCCACUGGUGGACAAAGCGAGGAAAUCCCACGUACUCCGAAGCGUUCCAGCUCACGUUGAAGUACGUACCGCUUGCCGCACGCCUGUACCGUGUCAUUUUGGCCUGGCAGCUUGAAAGCACUUUCUUUUCAUUCUACAUGGACAGCAAUGGCGCAGCUAUGCGGCAAAAAAUUCGGGAAGCUACCUAUUCGUACAUCGAGGAAGAGGCACCAGCUAGGUACCGAGAAAUCCUCAAGCCGGAUUACGAGCCUGGCUGCAAGCGUCGAGUCAACACUGCUACCUAUUUGAGAUGCUUGCACUCUCCACAAAUGUUGCUCACCAAGGAUGCUAUUGUCAAAAUUGGUCCAAAUUAUGUCGAAACUAGAGGGGGUGAACGGAUCCCAGCGGAUGCGAUUAUCUACGCCACUGGGUUCCAAACACAGAAGUGGUUGUUCCCCAUAAGAAUCAGAGGUAUCGGUGGCAAGGACCUUCACGAUGCGUGGGACGCGUCAGGAGGGGCCGAAGCCUACAAGGGGACUGUCGUGUCUGACUUCCCUAACUUUUUCAUUCUGUAUGGCCCCAACGCCGCGACUGGGCAGCACUCUGUCAUAUUCCACUCCGAAUGUCAAAUCAACUACUCGUGCCGAUUGUUGCGCCCCGUACUCAAAGGCAACACUGACUCAAUCAUGGUCAAACCCGAAGCUCAGAGGCGCGACCUCUCCUGGGUUCAUGGGAAACUGCAGCACCUUGUCUUUAACAGCGGUUGCCAAAGUUGGUGGAUGGACUCCGUCACCAAGAAGAAUACCUUCAUCUACCCUGAUCCCAUGUACAAGUACUGGCUUCGCACUAUAUUUCCCAAUUGGUCAGACUUUACUCUACGCAAAAGCGAGAGACCAUCGAAGAGAUAUCUCGUUCUAGGCUGUCUGGUGGUGGUUGGGUUGACUGGCUAUAUCUCUAUUGGCGUGCAAGGAGGGGACAAGCUCACUCACGAUGCUUGGUCCUGGGGGGUCUUUGGUGGAAUAUUGGAGAAUGAAGACUGGCUGGGCCAGUUCAACCAUCCUUCGGAUUCACAGACUGGUAUCAUCGUCAGCUGCCAUAACCUUGGAUGUUUUGCUGGGUGUCUCGUGAACUACGUGGCUGGGGAAAUAUUGGGGAGACGUCGAACCAUAUGGCUGGCCAUGGCAUUUGUAACUGUUGGAGCUAUCCUCCAAAGCUCAGCCUUUACAGUACCUCAUCUUGUCGUCGGCCGAUUAAUAACAGGCGUUGGUACUGGAAUCAAGACAUCGACUGUGCCUAUGUACCAAUCUGAACUCUGCGAUCAGAGAUCCCGUGGUCGCCUUGUCUCAGCAGAAGUGCUGUUUGUCGACGUCGGGAUAGUGAUUGCAUAUUGGUUCGAUUUUGGCAUGUCAUAUGUUGGAGGCGCCAUUGCCUGGCGCCUACCCGUGGCCGCUCAAAUAAUCUUCGCUCUUGUCGUGGUGAUCCCAGUCAUAGGACUCCCAGAGUCGCCACGUUGGCUGUAUAGACACGGUCUACAUGCAGAGGCGAUGAAUGUUCUUUGCAGAAUGUAUGACAAAGAGCCCUCUGAUUCCUACAUCCUAGCAGAGCGAGAUGCUAUUCUUGCCGCACUGAAAAUUGAGUCAAGAGGCACAAAAACUGAGGGCCUCUUAGCGCUACUAAAGAAUUUUACGGUCGUCAUGAUCACACCUGUAAUCAUCAACCGGCUGCACUGGAAAGCAUAUCUUAUCUUCAUGGCUAGUAAUGCAGCCUUUGUGCCUGCAUUAUACUUCUUCUUCCCGGAAACCAGCAAUCUCAGACUUGAAGAGGUUGAUCUCAUUUUCACGCGGCCUGGUAAUCCUGUGCAAAAGGCUCGGAACAUGGCGAAGGAGAUCAUGAGGUUUGGCCACAUCUCUGAGGAUAUCAGGAGUGGAUUCGAACAUUCCCGCGUCAAUCAUAGAGAGAAAAGCGAGGAGGAGCAUUGCGAAAAUGUUUAG